ACCUUAGAGUUCAUGCUUCAAAUUCAAGAUUGUAACAUAAACUGUUAUUAUACAACUAUACUGAAGUUGUUGAAGAUACGUCUUUACAAGCCUCUAACUCUGAUGCCGCUAAUCCUACAACCGCGAUUCCUGAAGCCAGUGUUCCUUCAUUGUCUGAACCUACUCCAACUGACAACAAGUAUCAUGAAGAAAUUCCAGGCUGGUCUCUUUCUGAGGUGGACAAGAUGGCCAUUGAUACAAUGCAGCUUGCACAAUGAAUGGACGAGGAUGAUGAAGAUUACGACGAGGAGGAUGAGUGAAUUGUAG